AUGACCAAGCUUGAAAAAAUAGAUUCGAAACUAACCAAGCUUGAUGAUAUUGAGAAGGAUGUUGCAGAGAUAAAAAAUAAUGUGGCAAGGCUAGAACUAAAGGUCAAAGAUCUGGAUACGCUGAAACACCGCGUGGAUGAUAUUGAACAGAGUGUGAACUUUGUUAGUGUUAGCUAUGAAGAUUUUAAAGCUGACAAAUCAAAGAUAGAGAAAGAAAUCAAUAUGAUGAAGGCCCAACUUGAUAAGCACAGUCCAGUCUUUGAAAAGCUCCAACUUGACAAUGUCAACCUUCGGGAGUCUGUCGUUGACUUACGAUGUAGGUCCAUGCGUGACAAUCUCGUGUUCACAAACAUUCCUGAAGCCCCUCUGGAAGAGUGCGAGAAGGUCCUGAGGGACUUUAUUAAGCAUGAGCUCCACAUGGAUAGUGAUCCUAUCAAAUUCAAACGGGUACACAGGAUCGGUCGUAAAAACUAUCAAGCAGGACCUGAUGCACGGCCCCGCCCACUCAUAGCCAGGUUUCUGUACACUCAUGAGAGAGAUGCAGUUAAGGGGGCGGCUAAAAGGUUGAAGGGUACAAAUUACAGUAUCAACGAACAGUUCCCGGAAGAAGUGGGUAAAUACAGAAGGGAAGUAUUAAUGCCACUACUGAGGGAAGCAAGGAAUUCUGGCAAGAAAGCGCACAUAUCUGUAGAUAGACUCUUUAUUGAUAAUGUACCGCAGAAACCUGCUAUACCACCCCCGUAUCGGGCCCCCCAGCAGAGCUCAUCUGCACAACCCAAGCCGAGCCGCGCGUAG